AUGACCUCUUUCAAUAAUGACUUGACCAUCGACCCUCUUGAGGAUCGAACCAGCGUAGUUAUGGCGGAUGUUACCACUCGUGUACUACAUGCGCCACAGCCUCAGUGUCUAUGCCUUGAUGCCAUCUGCUCGCCGACGGGCAACCAGGCAAUUGGAUUAAACAUCUUUCGUCCUCCCGCUCCCAUCUUUAAUCAUCCACAACCUCACCGUGAUCUGCGCUAUGACGGCGCUAGUUACUCUGGUUCAUCCCACGUCAACCCCUCUAAUGAGCACAACAGUACUCAUCCUUGCAGGUGGCACAACAAAGGAACACCUUGCACUCACGAGCUCACAUCCCAGAACAUUUUCGCCCACUUUCACCAAUAUCAUCCCAUUGAUGUUGACUCAGACGAAUCAUUCACCUGUUCCUGGAUCACGCCCCACGCCGGCUGUUGUGGGAAGAAGCUGAAGGUCGACAGCUUUACUCGCCAUAUCAUCACCCACAUUGGUAUCAAAUUUAGGUGCUCCGUUUGCAGGAAGAGGAUGGCGGCUCGGAAUGACCUCGCUGCCAAGCACCGUCGACGCCGUGCAGCUUGCGCUCAAGCAACCUUUGACACUAUCACGAAGUGA